UCAAUUCUGCAWGGUUGUUUUGAGGUGUUGUCCAAUAUUUUYCCCGKUGCCAUUYCACUAAAAUGUCUGAYGCAGAGCUGGAAACCGUGUUUAAGUCGUUUUGUGCUUUCGGUGCAGGAUCUAAAGAUGCACAGGCUUCAAUGGAUAACGCGAAGUUUGGGAAAUUAUUCCGUGAUCUGAAGCUGUACGACAAGAAAUUCACUUCUACCGACACAGACAUCAUUUUCAACAGACCUGAAGUGAAAUCGAAAACUGAAAGAAAAAUCACUUUUAAACAGUUUAAAGUAGCGCUGGAGCUAUGUGCAGAGAAGAAGUAUGGCAAGAAAGAAGAUGUUUCCAAACUUAUCGAGAAAAUCUGUGCUGGUAAAGGACCAGGAACUUCAGGUGCAACGAAAACAGCCAAAACUGGUGCAGUUGACAGGUUGACAGAUACCAGCAAGUACACUGGUUCUCAUAAAGAACGCUUUGAUGAAUCAGGCAAAGGGAAAGGAAUUGAAGGUCGAGUGGAUCGUGAUGAUAAAGCAGCAGAAGGAUAUGUUGGUGGUUACAAAGGAAAGGAUACCUACGAUAAAUCACAUUGAUAACCAAACAGUACUUUGGAUACUAUCUUUCAAGAUACAUACAUUAGAUCCACAUACACACAAUACCAAAUCACACUGUUGUACCCUCAUACCUUUUCCUACUAUGUAAACAUUUUGUUAAUGCAAGUAUUUCUUUACAUCUUUUAAAAUAAUAAUAUGCAUGUAUUUAAAAAGAUCAUUUAAGAAGUUUUAUUCUUAGUUUUAAUUAAUUUUGUGAUUGACAUAUCAUAAAUUGUAAUAAGUAAAUUUAAACCUUUUAUAAUGCAGAGAAUAAAAGCUAUUGUGGCUAGUUU